GAAGAGGAAAAUGAUAGGUAGCAGGAAGGAGAGGAGUAGUCCUAAAGCAAGACAAUGGGGGAAGGGACCAGAAGGAGGGAAACACUUGAAAAAGUACAAAUAUAGGGAAAGUACAAGGUCUGGCUACCAAGAGAUCAGUUUCCAUAACCUGCUGUUUGAUUAUCUGUCCAUAGAUCUUUUGUAGGGCUUAUCAUCAUUGGAAUCAAGGAAAGGAGGAGAAAUUACUCCAGAUCAGUGCAGAUUGGUAUGGAUGUGGAUGGAGACAUCCUCAGUAGUCAUGUAGGAUGAGGUAGUGGAGAUCUGCUUGGGUCCAUCAGGGGUAAAGAGCCAAUCUAGGGAUUUCUCUGUCGCUUUCCCACUCUCCAUACUCCUGUUUUGUGUCUGGAAAGAAGAUUAGUAGCACCUGCAGUUGAAGAGUCCAACUUCAGUGGCAGAUCUGGUGGCCUUGGAGGGGCUGAAGACCACCACCCUCCACAGGGUUGCGCUCAGGCACACAGCCAUUCUUCUGAGUGAGCUUUCUCUGCACAUUGUUUAUAUCACUGGCAGAGCCUGUAGUUGAAAAGGGGGCUGAGUGACUACUGGACUUUUUAUGAAAACACCAACCUGGGAUGGACCUUUGGUUAAGGCUGUGACAUGGGUUGGGGUAUAUAAAUUGGUCUUGACUUUAGUUUGGAUCAUGACUGGCUCUGAGGCCAAGGCAAGGACAGAGGAGAUGCCUAGGCUGGCUGGAAAACUAUGAUGAGUGGUCCUGCCGACACUAUAGCCAAGGCUAAAAUCCAGGCUGAGGCAGAACGGAAAAGAGGACCAGUAUCCCAGGCCAAGGCUGGGGAUGGAGCAGUGUCCAGGACAGAGAAAGUGACCUAGGCCAUGGCUAUGGCAAAGGAAGUGAGCAAGAUGGAAGCAAAGAUUCAGACUAGAGUCAUGGCUGAAACUAAGGCAAAAUCCCUGGCAGAACCUCGUAUAGUGCCCCAAAACAAUUCAAAAGCCAUGCCUACAUCCAGGUUCAGUGCUGUGCACAAGUAUGAAGUCAAGGCUGAUGCUGGAAGUGAAGCCAAUAUCAGGUCCUUUUCCAAGGUGGAUAAUAAGGCCGAUAUUGGAUCCAGGCCCCUAAGAAGGAAAGAGGCCAGCACCAAGUUCAGGGCUGGGGACAGAGCUGGUAUAAUCGAGUCCAAUGAUGAGGAUGAAGAAAAUGUCUGCUCCUGGUUCUGGACUGGAGAAGAACCUAGUUUAGGAUCCUGGUUCUGGCCUGAAGAAGAGAACCCUUAUCAAGUUUAUAAACCUCCACCACCUAAGAUUGAGGAAAAGCCCAAGUCCACACCCAAACCUGAACUUACUAUAAAGCAAAAAGCAGCAGCAUGGUCAAGGGCCAGGUAUAGUGUCCUAGUCCCAAUAGAUGGAGGGGAACCAUCCUUGCCUCCAGAAGGGAAUUGGACUCUGGUUGCGACCUUGAUUGAAACUCCUCUGGGUAUUCGGCCUCUGACCAAGAUCCCACUCUUUGAUGAUGGGCCUUACUUCCAGACCUUAGCUGAGAUCAAAGAACAGAUUAGGUAUAGGGAAAAGUAUGGGCCCCAUCCAAAAAACUGCCGCUGCAAAUCACGUGUCUUCAGUUUAGAGCCUAAAGAGUUUGAUAAACUUGUUGCCCUACUUAAGUUAACUAGGGAUCCUUUCAUUCAUGGAAUAGCAAGGAUGAUAAUGGGCAUCAGUCCUGCUUAUCCAUUUACCCAAGAUAUAGUUCAUGAUGUAGGAAUUACUGUUAUGAUUGAAAACCUGGUCAAUAAUCCCAAUGUUAAAGAACACCGUAGAGCUUUAAAUAAAGUGGAUGACAACUCUGAAUCUUCUGAAGAAGCAAAAACAGGAGAGUCAUAUGUAAAUGAAGUUUGUAAGGACAUAAUCUCUUAUCCUUUGAACUCCCCUGUGCAACUUGCUGAACUAAAAUUAUUGGAGCACUUGAGUGUGAAAUUUGAGAAUCACCAUAUGAUUGCCAAUUAUAUUCCAGAUCUCCUCACCUUGUUAAACAAUGGAAAUGUCAAAACCAAAUUUUAUGUUUUAAAAGUGUUUUCGCGCUUGUCUAAAAAUCAAGCCAAUACAAGAGAACUGAUCAGUGCCAAAGUACUGUCAUCAUUGGUUGCACCCUUUAACAAGAAUGAGUCAAAGGCCAAUAUUCUUAAUAUUAUUGAAAUUUUUGAGAAUAUAAAUUUCCAAUUCAAAAAGAAGGUGAAGUUAUUUACCAAGGAAGAGUUCACUAAAUCUGAACUUAUUUCCAUAUUCCAGGAAGCAAAACAGUUUGGUCAGAAACUCCAAGACUUAGCAGAGCACAGUGAUCCUGAGGUGAGAGAUAAAGUUAUACGAUUAAUACUCAAACUCUGAAUAGCUAAAUGUUCUCACAAAGCCUUGAAUAGUUUUUGCUGUAAUAUGAAACCAAUGCAUAUUAUAAGUUCAGUAUUUGUUAUCUGUGUUGUCUGAAGGAGGCAAUUUUAUGGAUACCAAAUGAUGUUGAGAACUUAAAUAUUUGUUAAUUUUUAUUGUGCUAUAUAAAUUGAGAUAUUUUCAUUAUUUGUAUAACGUGACCUGAUAAUGAAACUGUUCAUCCCAAGUAAGUUAUACUUCUGUGCUUUAUAUUGACAUAAGUGUAUUCAUUUGAGACUUCAUUUACAUAAUAAAGUUGCAUGCUGAAACUGGUGAAAAAA